GACCGAUGUUUCAAUGUGAGAUCCUUUGUUUCAAAACUGAUGAGACGAACUUGGGUGAACUUUCCGAGAGGGAGGAAAAGGCCAGGUUUCUUCAGAACACGAAACUACUAGGCGAUCCGCUCAGUCCUUGUCAGAUUGAUAUGAUUAGCUGUUCGUUGCAGUCGCUUACCAGAUUUAGAAGAAUGCGAAGAAGAUCAAGUAGACAAGUAUGGCGGCAGUUUUGAAGAACAAACUCGUUUGGUUCCUUUUGACCUUUUCGUGCGCGGACGCUGCUGUCUACGCUUUGCGGACAAGAAGCUACAAAUAUGUGAGGAGUCCAAGAACAACCGAGUUGCUUUCACAAGGGCAUGGAGUCAAGGCCACCAAGAAGGGGAAUGACUCUGCAAAGCACAUCUCAAAAAGGGACGGUCUUCACGUCCUAUCUAACAACAGAGAUGCGGGACAAAGUUACGGGAUUUUGAUCAACAUCUUUAGUCCAAGCGAAUUUUUUUAGUUGGAAUAUAUUCGACCUGUGUUAGCAGUACCAUGGCCAGAUGUAUGAGUCUUGAUAGAGUCAUGAUGGCACGACCAUGUUAGAUAAAAAAUGGGGAGAUCUGGUGUUGUCUGUUGAUCGAUGUGAUGCAACAUCGAUCGGAAAGCCCUUCGCCCUAUCCCACAAUUCUAGAUAAAAUAAAAUUGAAGUUCUUCUGUUAAAUGUGAUGCAUAUCGACUUCACAACCUCACCUAAGACAUCAAACACGACAAGAAGAAAACUAAGGGAGGUCCCAUGGAUCGCCUGGGGGUCGAAACCAAUGCUCAGCCAGGUCGUGCUUUACAGAAUAUACCUGGGCCGGCUGCACGACUCGGUCUAGAUGUAAAGCCACGGCCUCCCUACGAGGAAGGAGAGUCGGUGAAGCACUACGAGUAUGCCGCAGUCCCGCUGGACCAACGUCCGCCUAUGAAACUUCGAGACAUCGAAGGAAAAGUUUCGCCAACCUUCGGCAUCGUCAAAGGGGUUUUUGCUUAAGUCAGAAGGACUGAUAUUAGUAUAUGAAAGAUGAGAAAAAGAAGUAGAACUAAAUAGAAAAGUUUGAUGUGGCUCUGAUUUGGUUAAAUUUUUUUCCUCGAGGUUGCUCUUGGUCGGGCUUACUUUUCCACAUUUGGUCAAGUAGUCUCCUGAAUUGACUUUUUAGCUUUUGUUUUCAUUCUACCAUUGUGUUCGGUGUAUCUAAAGUUUCCUCUCUAAAUUAUCGGAAUUUUUUUGCUGAUUCCGUUGUACGCUUUCUACAUCUACCGCAAUACCGAGUGGGGCGCGCGCAAUGCCGCCAUUUUGCUGUGCGGCUUUGCGAUCUUAGGGCUUGGAGGCUUCAUGCUGGAUCGCUGUGGCUUUGUCGACGCGGCUUGGGCCACAUUCGCUAAAAGCUGGGGUGAGCAUUGGCUGCAAGGAGUUGCGGCAAUACCACUCAGUAUGGUCGGAUUCCUGUUUUUAGCGGACAUUGUCGUCCGCGGUCGCGAAUCCUUUGUUGGCCGGUUCCUCUCCCGGAUUCCUGUGCCUUCGCGGCUGGCUUCUGCGGCUUUCCCAGGCCCAAGAAACAAAGCGCAUGCAGAUUUGGAUCACUUUGAAGGAAUCAUGGCCAAUUUCUUAUGACUUCGUUGAAUUUAUUAGAAUUAUUAUUUUGAUGUUGUUUUUUCCAGCUCAGGCUAUCAGAGGAUCAAUACAUUGACAGAACUGAUGGAAGGAAACGAUUCGCUCGUCGCAACAAGCAUAACAUCAAAUGGUGCAUCGUCUUGUGUCCUCCUGAAGUAGUUUUUCGCUUUCCAACGAUUAAUUGUUGGUCGAGGUAUAAUCUUUUGUCAGGAGCAUUUGACAGCAAUUGAUUUUACAGGUCGCGUAAAUUUGAGCUCUUCGACGACAUUGAAGUGUC